GUGUUAUUUAAUUGGUGCGUUUCAAGACUUUUAAAAUACAAACGGUUGUCAUCCAUACACAACAAGACGAGGGGUUUUCAAAACCACGCAGGUCUAUUCCUUAUCCACGUCGUAAGUUUCUGUAAAGAAAGACGAGUAUUUUUCGCCGAUUGCAACUGUUAUUUUGAGGAUGAGCUUGGCUGACGUGAAUGAUGAGAAUCGCGGGGUCUACCCUGGAGGAAACCGUUGCACCUCUAGUGAUGACAUUUUUGCCCUAGCUCAACCGACUGGGAGACCCUCAAUCCUGCGUCAGUCAGAAAAUCUGCCCAGCAAGUCUGAGCCAAAGGGAAUGAAGGUCUGUUUUCAGACUCCAAGAAGAGACCCAGUGACUAAAAGAAUUCUUUCUCCAAGCAAGUCCUCCAAAAUGACAUCUGUCGAUGAAUGUGCAAAAGCCUUGGAGUCCUUGAAGUUGGAUAAAAUAAAUGCUUCAUCUCAAGAUGCCACCAAGAACCCUGAUGGACCCCACCAAGAAGUGUCAUCUUAUCCAGACGAUGACAUGCCGAUUCAAAGCAAAGGAGGCUAUCAGUUAGAUUUUGAAAACCUUGAUGCCAUCAAUCCCUUUGGGGGCUCUAAUAAGGUGAUGCUCUCUCCAGCAAGGCCUCCACCAACAGCUCAAAACAAGCCCCAGCCUGGGAAACAAGAGAAUUCAACAGAAGAGCCUGUUAAAGUAGAAUCAGCACUCGAUGAUACGCUGCCUUUCAAUCCCUCGGUGGAAAACUCUCUGGCUGACAUCAGCUCCUCAGAUAGCAGUGUGGUCAUAGUGAAAGUCCCAGCAGUUGAGGAACAGAAUUCAUGCACCACCACACCUGAUGAGAAACAACCUCCUAAAACGUCCUCAAAUGAUGUUCAAGAUAAAGCACCAGCGAGUUUUGAGGAAGACGCUCCACUGCCACCUAAAGGUGCCUACAAUCUGGAUUUUGACAAUCUCGACUCGAUUAACCCUUUUCAAACAGGCGGUUCGAAAAUCCAGAAUUCACCCUUGGUCAAGAAAGCCGUGCCACAAAAUGAUACACCUGUUGUAACAGAAACAAAUCCUGCAGAUGUUGUCACUGCACCUGAAGUGUCUGUUCAAUCUGAAGUGGAACCUGCAGCUGCUGAAACUCAGCUGAGUGUUGACCCAGUUAAGCAAGGUCCCACCAAACUGGAGUUCAAUUUUGAUGAUGAUGAUGAAGUUAAACAGAAACCGCCACCUAAGAAGUUUGGCAAAAGGCCACCUGGUCCAAAAGCUAAGGUGGAAAAGCCAGCACCUGAUGUAAAGCCACCUAAAGACACCUCUCCACAGCCUGUUACCAGUAAUGAUGUGGAAAUUCCUGUCCCCAAAGGCUUGUCUUCAUUUGAGGUUUGUAUUCAAGAUAAAGCACCAGGGAGUUUUGAGGAAGACGCUCCACUGCCACCUAAAGGUGCCUACAAUCUGGAUUUUGACAACCUCGACUCGAUUAACCCUUUUCAAAUGGGUGGUUCGAAAAUCCAGAAUUCCCCCUUGGUCAAGAAAGCCAUGCCACAAAAUGAUACACCUGUUGUAAGAGAAACAAAUCCUGCAGAUGUUGUCACUGCACCUGAAGUGUCUGUUCAACCUCAAGUGGAACCUGUAGCUGCUGAAACUCAGCCGAGUGUUGGCCCAGUUAAGCAAGGUCCCACCAAACUGGAGUUCAAUUUUGAUGAUGAUGAAGUUAAACAGAAACCGCCCCCUAAAAAGUUUGGCAAAAGGCCACCUGGUCCAAAAGCUAAGGUGGAAAAGCCAGCACCUGAUGUAAAGCCACCAAAAGACACCUCUUCACAGCCUGUUACCAGUAAUGAUGUGGAAAUUCCUGUCCCCAAAGGCUUGUAUUCAUUUGACCUUGACAAGUUUGACGACCCAAACUUCAAUCCUUUUGGCACAAAGUCAGCCAUGACUAAUUCUCCAAAGUGCAGUGGGAAGUCCAGCCCUGUGCGCAUGGAAAUGGAAAUGGAACCCCACCCCACUGGAGCUAAUGACAGUCAAAAAGCUUCCAAUGACCAUAACAAGACUUUGGAACUUGAAGCUCAACCAAUGCAGAAGUCUCAGACCAGCAUGUCAGAGUUCAGUGAGGAGUUUGUUCCUGGAACUACAUUCAUGGCCGGUGACUUUGACGGACAAAUUGACUACCUGGAACAGUUUGGCUCCAGCAGUUUUAAGGAGUCUGCAUUGAGGAAACAGUCCUUGUACCUUAAAUUUGACCCCCUCCUGAGAGAGAGCCCAAAGAAAUCGGCAGGCCCGGUUCUUCAGACCCAGGUCCCACGCCCAGCUGCCUUCACCUCACGUCUUGAGACCUCACAGGUGACAAUGAAAGAGGCAACAAGCGGGCCACAGAAGGAUGAUUUCAAACUGCUUGAUGUUUCUACAGAACCAACUGCUCCGAUACUUGAGAGCCUGGUCACACAUGCCCCUCUCAUCCCCCAGCCAACAAGCGCAGAGGACGCUAUCAUAGAGGUGCUGAAGUACAGUCAGAAAGAUAUGGAUGCAGCCAUCGAUAAAGUCCAGGCAGAGGCACAGAAAAAGCAUGACAAGCUACUUGAGGACAGUCAUGAAAUGAGGAAAAUAAUUGCUGAGUUUGAGCUGCUCAUUGCAAAAAUGAUGGUUGAUCAGGAGAAGGAGAGGGAGGAGGCCCAGAAAAAGCUCAACGCAGCGCUGCAGGAGAAGGAGCAAGUAGCCAAUGACCUCAACUCCAUGGAAAGAUCUUGCUCUGAACUCUUUAAGAGGCUGGAGAAGUACAAAGGGGUUGUUGAGGGUUACAAAAAGAAUGAAGAGACACUGAAAGCUUGUGCUCAGGAUUACCUGGCAAGAAUCAAAAAGGAGGAGCAGCGCUACCAGAUGCUUAAAGUCCACGCUGAGGAGAAAAUUGGCCAUGCAAAUGAAGAAAUUGCAGAGGUGCGGUCCAAGAACAGGGCUGAGAUAUCCGCGCUUCAGGCCCAGCUGAGGCGGGAGCAGCUGAAGGUGCAGUCGCUGGAGAAGAGUCUGGACCAAAAGGUAAAAGAGGCUGAAGAGCUGACCAAGCUUUGUGAUGAGCUUAUCUCCAACGUCCAAAAGGGUUGAGUUCAACUGUAAAUAUUUUUUCAUGUUCUUCUUUUAUUGUUGAGCUUCUUUAUUUGUGUAGUUGUUUGUGCUUUUCUGUGUUUUUUAAUACUGUAAAAAAAAAAAGUUAUGUAAUAAAGAUGAUUUACCAGUCCUCCU